AGAAGAGAUGACGAUGUACUUAUUGCUCUGCUAAAGCCCAUUUCCGAAAUCAGCAAAAUAUUAAAAGAGGACAUAAAUCAAGCAAACUCGUUGGCACCUGUGGAGUCGAAGCCAGUGGAGAAAAAAAAAUCACCUUCAUCCAGUAAAACGAAACGAGUAAAACCUGAUGAUAAAAAAGAGCCAAACGAAAUAUCAACUAAUCAUUUGACGAUCGAUGACCAACCAAAUGUCAUAUCAUCAGAAGUUACAAAUGGCAAUGCACUCGUCGUAGAAAUUGGAAUCAACGACGACCGUAAACCGAAUUGUGACGAACUAAUAGACGUCAAAGUGUUUGACGUCGAAAACAUUGGGAAGGACGAUGACGAUCAUAAAGCAAACUGUAACGAACAAGUCGACGAUAAAUUCGUUGAAGGAGAAUUAGUUAAUAAUGUUAUUGCAAUUUCAGAAAAUAUGGAGAACCAAUGUAAUCAAGUAGAAGAUAACAUAUCGGAAGGAGUUAACGGUUUAAUUAUUGAUGACGAAACUGAGACGAAAGACAUCGAUGAUGGUUCCGUUGAUGCGAUUGUUGAAAACAAAAGCGAAAUCUACGAUUUGGCAGCGGACGACAAUAGCGGCGUAGAGGGGGUGGAAGUCGAAAAUUUUCAAAGCGAAACGUACGUUGAGAUUAAUAAAACUCAUACGAACGACGGUCAAGUAGACGUGACAGAAGAAAGUACAAACGACAUCGUCAACGGUAGCGAAAAUAAUAUCAUCAAUAAAGAAACAGAACAUCACAAUAUGUGUUUUUAAUGAAAACCACCUACAGAAUUCGGAACAUCCGACUGAGAAAUGUCUACUUGGUACAUUUCUUAUAAAAAAAAAUAUUCCAUAGAUAGGUUUAAGGUGUAAGACGAAGUUAAAA